AUGUCUUCAUCGUUCAGUUUCCCUCGUCCGACGACUACAACCGAUGAUCUCGAGGAUCUCUAUAACGCGUACGGGGUUGAACGUGCCAUCGUUCUUGAUUUGGUCGGCGCAACUGAGACUCCCGAAACCGUACGGGGAUGGUAUUGUGGAGCCUAUCUUUCUUUCUUUCAUUCUUGCGGUCUUACCUUCCCGAUUCCGGAGCCUGUGCUCGAGAUCCUGGCGGAGCUUGGACUAUCGUUUACUCAAGUUCUCCUGAAUUUUCUUAGGCAUCUUAUUGCAUUCUCGGUUAGGGCUAGGGAGGAAGGUUUAUCUUCCGGAGUCGGUGAGUUUCGACACCUCGUUAUGGUGAAGCGGAACACUCAGAGUCCUGAUACCUUCCUCGUGUCUCCGCGCCCGGGUCGCCACGUCAUCGAGGACGUCCCUUAUCGCGAUGAGAAGUGGCGCGAGCAGUUCUUCGUUUUUAGGGUAGAUCGAGCAUCUGUGGGCGAUUUUGAUUUCUCUCGACUUCCUCGGAGUUGGACUGAGCGUAUUGCCCCUUUCGAAAGUUCUUUGAUGUCAGACAAGAUGCGUGGUCUGAUCGGAGUCCUUCGGAGAGGUCGUUUGGACUGGUCUUCGUUUGAUCAGGCUCGGAUUCGGGCUGCUUUCGCCAUGCCAGAAGGGACUAACAUGGCCCCUUUGGUUGGGGGCUCUGAGGAUGAGGCCGAACAUUCCCAGGAGGUAAUUGCGACUCAUUUCGUUCAGGCUCAGUCUUCAGAUCGAUUGACUAGGCAGCUCGCGAGGAGGUCAUCAUUUCGUACUUCUGAGUCUGCAUCGAGGAAUCGAGCCUCUGGUAAAUCUACUUUGAUCUCGAUUCAUGACUCCGACGAUGAGGGUGCUUCGGAAGAGAGGCGGUCACCUGUCUCGUUGAGCCCUGGUUCGGGAGACGAGACCGUUGCCGCGACUCGCAAGCGACGCCGGUCGGCAAAGGAUACCUUGCCCGGUCCAUCUCGUCCUAGGUUUGUCCCUGAGGGAGACAGUUCUUUGUUUGCGGCCCAAGGUGACCUAAUUUCCCUCGCUGGUCGCAUGAGGUCUGCCGGCUGCCGUCUCCCAUCUCUUGCUUCUUCGGUCAAAAAGGAAGCUUACACCAAGGUUGCAGUGGCGAGCUCUAAGGUGAUGGAAGCUUUUAAUGAAUAUGUUGUAAUGAUGGAAGAUUACGUCGUGGCUUCUCGGAACGGCAAGGAAAUCGAGAGCAUCGGUUCCGAGAUUAAGAGGCUUUCGGAGGAGCUCGAAGCCGCCAAGCGAGAAGGGAAAAGGGAUGCCGGAAAGAUUGAGGAAGUUGCUCAGAAGGCGAAAGUCGCGGCGCUUAAGGUCGAGAGGGAUCGGGACAUUCGUUGUGCUUCUCGCAUUGCUCGUUGUGAUAUCGAACAGCGGUACCGAGAGAUCCUUGGAUUUUUGAAGGAUAAAUGGACGAGCAAGAAGAAGGAGGUGUCUGCUGAGAUCCAAUUGCAAGAAGUGACCCCCAACAUCGAUCUUCUGAAUGAGCUCAAGGACGGGGGCCUAACCGUAGACGCGGAGCUUGACCGUUUAAAGGAGGUGGAAGGGGAUUGUGAGGAUCUCGUUGCUUCAGCUGCAGUGCCAGGCUGGUCGAUCUUUGAGUUCGAUCUUCCUCAAAUCUCCGAGGAUUCGGUGGAUCAAAUCGGGGGGUCGUCUAUCCCCGAUGAUUCCGCUUCUAGCUAA